AUGCUUUGCGACGUGUGCAAGGAGGGUGUCGAAGGGAUAUGGGAUCCCGGCCGCACCAAGCGUGUGGGAAUGCUCAAUGAAUUGGAAGCACAAUGGGGGGGCGACUACGAUGAGCCAAGAGAUGGUUUCGCAAAGUAUUGGUCAUCUCUCUCGGAAGACAGUGAUGAUUUUGCCGACCUUGAACCCUCUGAAUGCUUAUUCAUUCAUCAUAAGACUGCGACCUCUUUCAUGGCCUCGAUGCAUGAUGGGUGUGCCAUAUGCAACCAUUUCUAUAGGUGGAGUCAUAUCGACAUACCGAGCUCGCUUCAAGAAGAUGAAGAAGAUUCCAGGUGCUAUUUCUCAGUCUUCAGUAUGGAUAUAGAUUGGGAAUACCAUUUCUUCUCGAUACAAAUUUUAGCCAAGACGUAUCGAUGUAUGGAUUUCUUGAUUAAAGCUUAUACCUUGAAUAAUCAGAAAACUGACAAUCUAUACGAAGAUAUCAACGAAGAUCGGAACAUAAAUUUUGAGUGUGAAGCAUCAACCAACAGCGCUAGUACAUGGUCUAUCAUCGGUGAUUGGAUGGAAACAUGCACCGAGUCUCACCAAGCAUGUCGGCAGCCAGACUUAGCGACAUCUUAUCGACCUACUCGUCUAUUGCAAAUGAAUGAGUCGAGCUCAUUCCGGUUGGUACAAGGCUCCGAAUGCCCUGCAGCUAUACAGUACGCAGCACUUAGCUACUGCUGGGGUUCAAAGCCUGCACACAGCCUUCUACGAUUACUUCGAUCAACUAUGAGUGGUUUGAGAGAAUGGCAGCCAUUUGAUGGGUUGCCAAAGACAUUCAGAGAUGCUAUGAUCAUAGCCCAACGACUUGGCAUUCACUACCUGUGGAUAGACCGUCUCUGCAUUUUUCAGGACUCAGCUGAGGAUUGGCGUCACGAGGCCUCCACUAUGCAAGACGUGUAUCGAAAUGCGUAUAUUGGUAUCGGAGCUCUUGGUGCGAAAGACGACGAGGGUGGAUGUUUCUUUGAGCGAGACCCGGCAAAAGCAGGGCCGACUGUCUUCAGCUUCAAGAUGGAGCCAGACGGCGAAAUGAUGGACUUUAUGUGUGAGCGAGAGAAACUUUGGUCGUGGAGAUACACAUUCCAGCACGAACCCCUGUGUCAACGGUCAUGGGUUGUGCAGGAGAGGCUUCUGGCACCCCGUACCCUAUAUUUUGGGUCGAAGCAGGUGUUCUGGGAGUGCCGCGCAAGAACCUGUUGUGAGAUGCACCCGGAGGGAAUGGACUCCUGUGAAGGUGAUCCUAAGGAAACGCCAACAGAGAAGCCGUGGAAGCAACUGCUGGCCGCAGAACGCGAUAACAAUAGACCGUCCCAUCGGCACCAGUUAUUUUUCGAAUGGGAUGUAGUAGUCGAACACUACGCAAACCUACAACUCACCAGGGCUAGCGACAAACUUGUUGCAUUGUCUGGGCUGGCAAACGACAUGCAGAAGAGGCUUAACGAGUGGCAGCCGGGACUACAUCGCUAUCUAGCUGGUCUUUGGGAGGACGAAUCGAUACGUCAACUGACUUGGUUCGUAGGAGGCUCGGCCAAGAGAGCCAGCCAGUACAGAGCACCAUCGUGGUCUUGGGCAUGUCUUGACGGGAAAGUAAGACCGGGUACGAUGUUAACGAAGGUCGGUGAAUGUGUCGAACUCGCCUCAAUGAUUUCGGCAGAAAUGGAAUAUCCCAGUAAGGAGGAGACUGGCGAAGUCAAGAGUGGCAUUUUGACUAUAGAAGGACCAUGCAUGUGGGCAAAACUGCAACCCGGUGCCAAGACGGGUCCCAAUUCGGCUAUGGUAUCUCCUUUACCAGGACUCAAAGGUCACGUUUGGUUUGACACCUUGAAUGACGUGACUGGAGAGGCUUUCCUACUCUGGACAUAUUAUGAUACCGGACUCUAUAAUGACGCUGAUGGAGCAGAUAUGAGGGGUCUUAUACUUGAAUUGACAGAAAACGACAGAUAUCGGAGACUAGGGUCCAUAAGAGCCAGCGGCCAUGAGGAAGACAUAGAGUUUAUCGAGGCGCUGCCGCAGACACGAGUCAGAAUUAUUUGA